CCAACUUGGUGGAUCCGGGGUCUCACCGAAUCCGCUCCCACCGAAGUUUGUGUUUCCCCGGCCGCAGCGAUUCCGCUCUCCAGCUAAAACCACGGCAAGCUUUCCACGGAACACACAGGAAGAUUUCCAUCUCCCGGCUCACAGGACCCAUGGCGUAUAUUAGCAUGGGCGAGGCCCACCGACGGAUUACCGAAUACCUAAACCGCUUCUCCGACGCUAUCUCCGAUCAGGACGGGCCCGCCCUGAAACCCCUUCUCGCCGUCUCAUCCAACUCCCCGUCUCUCAUCUCCCUCGCCGACGCACUCCACGUCUUCCAAGACGCAAGCAGACUGAUCAAACAGUCGGAUCAAUACUCGCAGAUCGCCGAAAUCCUGACCCCUCAUCUUCGCUGCCUGCAGAACUACCGAAUUGGGCGAUCCGUCGAUGCGUACAAUGCAUUCGAGAAAUCCGCAAACGCGUUUCUUCAGGAAUUCCGGAAUUGGGAAUCGGCGUGGGCUAUGGAGGCGGUUUAUACAGUUUCUUAUGAGAUUAGGGUUCUUGCUGAAAAGGCGGACAGAGAGCUGGCUUCUACGGGGAAGAAUCCAGAGAAAUUAAAGGCUGCUGGUUCGUUCUUGAUGAAAGUAUUUGGCGCUCUUGCUGGGAAAGGUCCCAAACGCGUUGGAGCUUUGUACGUGACGUGCCAACUUUUCAAAGUGUAUUUCAAGCUUGGUACUGUUCACCUUUGCCGAAGCGUGAUAAGAAGCAUUGAAACUGCUCGGAUUUUUGAAUUUGAGGAGUUCCCAGUAAGAGACAAGGUCACCUACAUGUAUUAUACAGGACGCUUGGAAGUAUUUAAUGAGAAUUUUCUCGCUGCUGAUCAGAAACUCACAUAUGCUCUAAUGCAUUGCAAUCCACGACGUGAAGCAAACAUCAGGAUGAUUCUGAAGUACCUGAUACCUGUAAAGCUUUCAAUUGGCAUUUUACCUAAAAAGUGGCUUUUAGAGAAGUAUAACCUAGUUGAGUAUUCAAAUGUUGUUCAAGCACUGAAAAGAGGUGACCUGCGACUUCUUCGACAUGCCCUCCAGGAGCAUGAAGAUAGAUUCUUAAGAUCGGGUGUAUAUCUGGUUCUGGAGAAGCUGGAGCUCCAAGUUUAUCAAAGAUUGGUAAAGAAGAUUUAUAUCAUUCAAAAGCAGAGGGACCCAAGCAAAGCGCACCAAGUGAAAUUGGAAGUAAUUGUCAAAGCCUUGAAAUGGCUUGAGAUGGACAUGGAUGUCGAUGAGGUGGAGUGUAUUGUGGCCAUCCUCAUAUACAAGAACCUUAUGAAAGGCUAUUUUGCUCACAAGAGCAAAGUGGUCGUUCUUAGCAAGCAAGAUCCUUUUCCCAAACUGAACGGCAAGCCAGUUAAUCCGUAGGCUAUCAAUAUACAAGUCUUCUGAUUGGGGACUAUUUAUAUGGUUGAUGACGGUGGGAUUCAAUCCUUUGGAUGGAUUAAGAUAAUAUGUUGCUGUGGACCAUAUUGCGCAUUGUAUUCAUUUCCUUGAUAGGGAAGUAUCUGUAUCAUGCAAAUCCCUCAAUCAAGAAAGGUUGGGCAGAAGCAACUUGUUUUUGGGAUUGAAAUAUCAUGCUUCUCCAGUUUGCCCAACA